AUGGCAGUGCGCAUGCGCCUACUGAGCGAUCGUGACUCCGAGGCCACCAGCAUCGUCCUCGUGGUCAUCACGCCCGCGCCCAUGGUAAGGCCGACUCCCGCAACGUCGAGGCACCCUACCACGGAUGAAUCUACAAUGGUGUCGCCAAACCGCAAGAGACGUUCUAACGAGGCCGCGCAGUCGUCAGCCACGAAAUGUCGCCAAUCGAGGAAAGACCCGCCGUCGCCCGGCGUUUGGGUGAACGUGGCAGCGCGUGUGCGCCUACUGAGCGUCAGUGACUUUCAGACCGCAAGCAUCUUCAGCGUGCAGGACUACAGGUGCCAUGUGUUCGACCCCAAGGCCGAGGCGGAGUCUUUCCAUUUUCGGGACGGGGCUAACGCCAAGCCAAAUGAAGACCAAAUGCUCAUGUUUGAUCAGUUCUUGGAUGAAACAAAGGACAAUGUUUAUGUGUGUGAGAACACCACCAGGGGCAUCGUGACGAUGCUCCUUGAGGAUUGCAAUUGCUCUUUGUUCGCGUGCAUUUCGACUGGCGCCGACAAAGCUUUCGCAUUGCUGGGCUCCGAGGAAUGCCACGGAAUGGUAUCCCGCAUGGCCAGCGAGCUGUACCAGCGCGCGCCCAAGCUGCACUCAGAAGGCCAGACAUGCGACGUAGCAGUCGCCUAUCUAGAAAUCUACAACAAGGUUGUUCGAGACCUGCUGUGCCUCGACCGGGCCAAGAGCAUUGCCCUAUUGAACCUCACCAAACAUAAGGCGAAGGCGACCGGCGCCCUCCUCGAGCUGCUCUUGAAAGAAAAGAACCGGACGCAGCAUACCACCCACGCUAAUUCUGAGUCUUCAUGGUCGCAUGCCAUCUCCCAGAGCUACGUCACAGUGACGGAGAAUGCGACAAGCCUGAGCAAGCAAACUCGUGUGUCGAUGUACUCUGUUGACCUUGCCAGCACGGAGCGCGCAGCUGCGGCCAGUAGGGACACAGAGGAUCAGAUCCGCGAGGGUACCAAGCUCAACCUGUCGCUGCUGGCCCUCGGCAACUGCAUCGACGCCCGCCCGAAGAACGGGACGCAGCAAGUGCCGUACCAGGACUCCAAGCUGACCCACAUCCUCAAGGACUCGCUGGGUGGCUCGGGCGACGUCCUUGUGAUUGGGACAGCGACGGCGGUGGUGCUCAGCUAUGAAGAAACGUGCGGCACCCUGGGAUAUGUGCUGAGCGGGCCAUGA